CCUGGAUGAUUAGGCCUGAAUGGAGUACAUGAGUUCAGGUUGAGUUUUAACCACAGCGAACAUGUAAGAUUGCAAAAUCACAGAAGGAACUAACGAGAUGUAUGUGACCACCUUCCAGCGUUAUGUUAGGCUUGGUGGUAGAUGUGCUUCUGCUCGUAUCGUUCAGAGGAGGAAUCUCUCAGGAGCGGAUGCCAUUAAUGCCCUGCGGCCAUUUUACUUUGCAGUACACCCUGAUUUCUUUGGCCAGCAUCCAAGAGAAAGAGAAGUGAAUGAAAACUCCCUCAAAAGGCUAAAUGGUUAUCUGGAAAAUCUUCAGAAGCCUGGGGAGAGGUACCCCAAACCUGCAAACCUCACGUUUUAUGUCAGGGACACGAAAGAAAGAGCAGACUCCAGUGAUAGUCUGCUAGCCUCAGGAUUCCGUUCAGUGACUCUCACCCUGCAGUCUAAGGAUGUUCUGAGCACAGUGUUGGAUGUUCUGAGAUCCUGUAGUCUCUCGGUUAAACAUAUGCAAGACGUGCUCAAGGCUGAGACUGGGAAGAGCUCAACACAACAGCCUGGAACAGCUUUCUAUCGGCCCAUUAAAUGGGACAAGACUUAUUACACUUUCACAGGAUUCAGGGACCCAGAGCAGGAGUUAGAACAAGCCAGGAGAGUGGAGCCCACACUCAGUUUAUGGCUGAGAAACAAUGAGCCAGAAGCCACAAAGAAACAGAAUGCCAGUGUUCCACGCCGUGAGGAGCUGAAAAGACUGAAAAGAGAGCUGAUUCAGAAACUUGGUUUGUUGGAUAUCAGGUGGCAGCGCAAAUGGGGUUUUGCACACAAAUGCAGUCAGCUGCAGAGUCUGGGUCGUCUCUUCACACAAAGCCCUGAGGCUCUGCACAUCCUGAGAGGACACACAAUAGUUUUUACUGACCAGUCAGGGAUGAAUGCCUCCGGGCAUGUUAUGUUAGGAACAAUGGAUGUCCACCAUCAAUGGACAAAGCUCUUUGAAAGAUUGCUGAGUUACCGAAGCCUGUUCCAGCAGUCGGACUGGCUGAAAGAGCACAUCAGUCACCUGUUGGGAGGGAUUCAGGUGAUCCACAUCGAGCGGAUGGGUCCAGCUCUGCCUCUGGAGGAACACUACAGCACCCUCAACACUUUCCACAAGAGACUGUUGCCUCAGCGCCUCUCUCUGCACCCGCGCAGCAUGCAAGGCCUCACAAUGACCUUGGAAAAUGACCACUCCACCCCCUGCCUGCAUGAGAUAGGCCACUUCAUCAUCCCCACUAUGUGUGACACCCUCCAGCUGCAGAACUUCCUCCAGAGCCAGGCCCAGGAGGCCCGGAGACGCAUGCAACGCAGAGACAAGUUGGAGGCGGAGGAAGAAGACAUCAUUUCGAGUUGUCUGCAGGAUUUGUGUCUGCGCAGUCUGUCUAAAGAGCCCAGUGUGUCAAGCAAUCAGAUGAUCCCCUGCUGCAGGCGUCUGAUGGAGGAGAAAUCCCCUCAGAUGCAGGGCCUUCAUCUCUACAUCUCUCACUUCUAUUCAGUCAUGCAGGAUGGGGAUCUGUGUAUUCCCUGGGACUGGAAGGGCUGAAACACACUGAACUCUAUUUGGACUUUAUCACUGUGCCUCUCAGGCUCAUAGUCGCAAUGUUUUGAAGAUUUUGAGAUUUGGCCUAGUGUAUAGGCAUUAUACAUGCACUUUGGAUCUAGCACAUAGUGUUGUGCUUUUGAGGCCCCAGUCAUGUGAUGUAUGUUAUAGCACAAAGUUUGUUGUUUAUUUGCACCG